GGGAAUUGGGCGAAAGGGUCGCCUCCGUCUUCCUCCCCUUCCUGUCCUGCACCCUUCCUUUCUCGGUGAGAAACUGUCCUUUGUAUGCUUCCCCAUCCUUGGAGCCGCGGCGGCGUUGCGAGAUGGCUUAAAAGUUGAAAUGCAGAGGCCGAGAAGAGAAGCUCAGGUGCAGCCAACAAGAUCAAGAAUGGCGGAAUAUAACCUGCUGGGGUCGGGGUCAAGAGAGAACCGAAGCGAAAGAGAGCCCCGUGUUUUCAAGGCAGCUCUGCGUGGGGCAGUGUCACCCCAUAACAAGCAGGAAGUGGAGCGGCAGCGGUGCCAGAAAAAGGACCCAAAGGGAGCACAGUCUCCCUACUCCGUUUGGAGGCCUUCGCGGCUAUUUGAGCCUGUCUCAAAAGAGGACAUGAAGGAAUUUAAGGCUUCUUUUCGUACAGUAAAAGACACCAGCUGGUUGCCCAGAGGAGAGCGCGGCGUGGGGACGCCUACAUUUCCGGGCCUGGGUGGGAAAGCCCACGAGACUUAUGAAAGCUCAGAAUGUUCCGGAGCAUCGAAGGGCCCAGUCCUGGACAAGGACGCUGCUGACUGCUUGGAGAUCAAGCGCCAGCACUUCCGGCACUUCUGCUACCAGGAGAUCGAGGGCCCCCGAGCGAUUCUGAGCGAACUGCAGGAGCUGUGCCGCCAGUGGCUAGUGCCGGAGCGGCACAGCAAGGAGCAGAUUGUGGACCUGGUGAUCCUGGAGCAGUUCCUGACCAUCCUGCCCCUGGAGAUGCAGAUCUGGGUCUGCAAGAGUGGCCCGGCCUCCUGUGCCCAGGCUCUAGCCCUGGCCGAAAGCUUCCUCCUGAGGCUGCAGGAAGCCGAGAGCCACGAAGAGAAGGCAUCUGGACUUCCGGGAGAGGCGUUUGUUAAUUCCCCCUCAUCAGAGCAGGAACCAUCGGACAUGGUGGAGAGCUGCAUCUCCUCGGAGGAAGAGGAGGAGGAGGAGGAUGCUGACUCACUUGGUAGGGCAGACCUUCUGAGUACCGGGUUCAAGGCUAAGCAGGUCCAAGGAGAACACGAAGAGCAGAUGCGAGGAAACACGGAGAAGGAGGUACUUCCGGAAAUACCUGGCCCUACAGAAUGGGGACUGUCUUUGGAAAGAACCGAAGGGAAGUGCUUUCAGGCCCCCGAGGCGGAAGAGGUGUUUGGGAGCCACCAGGAAAACAAUCCAGGGAAGGGUACGAAAGAGUCCUUCCGUUCUGUCAAAAGUGAUAAAGGCUUGCGCAAAAGGAACUUCCAAGACGGAGCCCUCAGUCAGAAGAAGAAGAGGACGUCCAGUGCCAAAAACGGCCUCUCUCAGAACUUCGGCUUCCUGAAGAACCGGAAAGGGCAAGCGGCAGAGAAACCGCGGCGAUGCACGCUGUGUGGCGAGCGCGUCCACAAGAAGUCGUGCGCCGCGGUCCGUGAGAGAGCCCCCGGAGGAGAGCAGCCAUGCAAAUUUCCGUCGCGUGGUGGCGAAUUGUCCGGCCGCGCAGCCACGCUGAGGCGUGACAAAGGCUCACCCGAAGUCCCAGAGGGGGGCUGCCGUUGCAAGUCCAAAAAGAGGGGCGACGACUGCGGUCAGUUCCUUCACCUGAGUUCUGACCGCUGGAGGACACAGAAGGGAGAAAAGCCGUCCAAAGGGGCAGCUUGUGGGGAACGGGUCUUGUGGGGCAGCUCCCUUGGCGCCACCGAGGAAACUGACCAUGGGGGCAAGCCGCACCAGUGCUUUGAGUGCGGCAAACGGUUCAGCCAGAAGGGAAACCUCAACAUACAUAAGAAGACCCACACGGGGGAGAAACCCUAUCCCUGCUCCGAGUGCGGGAAGCGCUUUGUGACAAACUCUCGGCUGCUCACACACAAACGGGUGCACACCGGUGAGAAGCCCUACAACUGUUCGUAUUGCGGCAACAACUUCAGCCAGCUGGCACACCUGGUCCAACACCAGAGGAGACACACGGGCGAGAAGCCCUACAGUUGCCCCUACUGUGGCAAGAGCUUCAGCGUCAAAGCCAACCUCAUUACGCACCAGCGCACCCACACGGGGGAGAAGCCCUACAAGUGCUCCGAGUGUCCGAAAAGCUUCGUCUCCAGCUCCGACCUCAAAAAACAUAAAAGGGUACACACAGGGCAGAGGACCCACCUGGGAGGAAAAUCAUACAUCUGCUCCGAGUGUGGGAAAAGUUUUGGUUGGAGAACAAACCUGGUUAAGCACAAGAGAAUCCACACAGGGGAAAAGCCGUACCAUUGUAGCAACUGCGGCAAAAGCUUCAAUGCGAAAUCCACCCUCAUUAAACACGAGAGGUCCCACACUGGAGAGAAGCCAUACGGAUGCCCAGAGUGUGGGAAAGCCUUUGGGGAAAAGGGGAUUCUCGUGAAGCAUCUCAGGAUCCACACGGGAGAAAAACCACACAAAUGCACGGAUUGCGGCAAGAGCUUUAUCGAGAGGGGUGCUCUGAUUAAACACGAGAGGACUCACACAGGAGAGAAGCCGUAUGAGUGCUCCGACUGUGGAAAGACCUUCCGGAUCAGCUGCCAUCUUAAGCUCCACAAAAGGACGCAUACAGGAGAGAAGCCUCACAGGUGCCUGGACUGCGGCAAAAGCUUCAGUGAGAGAGCCUCGCUCGUCAAGCACGAGAGAACUCACACGGGAGAGAAGCCAUACGGGUGCUCCGAAUGCGGGAAGAGCUUCCGGAUCAGCUUUCAGCUUGUGAUACACAAAAGGACGCACACCGGCGAGAAGCCGCACGAGUGCCCCGACUGUGGCAACAGCUUCCGGGAGAUCGCGUCUCUCAUUAAACACAAGAGGACUCACACCGGGGAGAAGCCGUACGGGUGCUCUGAGUGUGAGAAGAGCUUCCGGACCAGCUUCCAGCUGAAGACACACCGGAGGACGCACACAGGGGAGAAGCCGUAUCAGUGCCUGGACUGCGGUCAAACCUUCAGCCAGCGAUCGCGCCUCGUUAUACACGAGCGGGCCCAUACGGGGGAGAGGCCGUACGGCUGCUCCGAGUGUGGAAAGCACUUUGUCUCUAGCUCCCACCUGCGGAAACAUGCCGUUGUGCACACAGGAGAGAAGCCCCACAAAUGUUCCCACUGCGAGAAGAGCUUCAGUAAGAAAUCCAACCUUGUUGUACACGAGAGGAUUCAUACUGGGGAGAAACCCUACAAAUGCUUAGUGUGCGAGAAAAGGUUCUGCAGUUCCUCUGCAAACCUUGUUGUUCAUGAGAGAACCCACACAGGAGAGAAGCCAUAUGCAUGCUUGGACUGCGGCAAGAGCUUCAACCGGAAGUCAACACUUGUCAGGCACAAGAGGAUGCACACGGGGGAAAAGCCAUAUGAGUGUGCUGAGUGUGGAAGGUGCUUCAGCAUCCGAUGCAACCUUAUUAAUCAUGAGAGAAUCCACACAGGUGAGAAGCCUUACAGCUGCUCUGACUGCGGGCAGAACUUCAGCCGGAGGCUGCAGCUUGUCAUACACCGGAGGACCCACACAGGAGAGACCCCUUACAGGUGUGCCCAGUGUGGAAAAUGCUUCACACGACGCUCUUCUCUCUUGACACAUGAGAGGAUCCACACGGGAGAGAAACCGAACACGUGCACAGAUUGCGGAAAAAGUUUCAUCCAGAAAGGAUAUCUCCUUAUACACAGGAGAAUCCACACAGGAGAGAGACCCUAUAAAUGUUCGUCUUGUGAGCAGAGGUUUCUUAAUCGAAGUGAUCUGCGCAGACAUGAGAAAAUCCAUGCAGGAAGUAAUCCCUCUGAAUGCUAGGAAGAGGCCAUGUGGCAUUGAUACCAACUAAUUUGCUUCUCCAGUGGCAAUGCUUUUUUGAAAAAUAUAAAUGAGUAAUUUAAUUUUUUAUAACAUUGACUCUUUAUAACAGCCUUCCCAAGCGGAUGCCUUCCAGAUGCAUUGGAUUACAACUUCCGGCAUCCCCCUGGGUAGCAUAGCUGUUAUAGUCCAUCACAUAUGGAGAGCAGCACCUUGGAGAAGGCUAUUUAUGGAAAAGUAAUAUACAAGUAAAUAAGAAGGGGCAAACCACAAACCUUUACUGUGAUAUUGAAGAGGGUUGGUUAGUACACUUUGGCAACCCCCAUUGGGCUGAAACUUUGGGGGGCUUUGUCAUGUAGGAAAAAGAUGAUUAGGAAAAACAUAAUAGAAGUUUAUGAAAUUAUGCUUGGUGUGGAAAAGUGAUGUUUUUCUCCCUUUGUUGUAAGCAAUGGAACAUGUGAUUGCUUAAAGGAAUGGUGGUCCUGUAGAUUCAGAUAAAAGAACAGCAAAGUGGCAAUGGGCAUUGGUUUGGCUGCAGACUUCCAAAUAAGGCUCCACCAGGUGGUUUCCAGUUGCAUCCUCAGAUCAUCCUCCUACAGCUGCAGGGAUAGAGAAACUAAAUGUAGCCUCUAGGUUCAGACGCAGUGACCUGGCUUGUCUACAUAAUGCUAACCAGUGGUUUAUUUAACCCACAGAUAGCCCAAGGUUUGUUCUAACUAAGGUUUAUUUGGCAGAUAAUCAAAACUGUAGCCUGUUUCCUCUAUUCCUGGAUUUUUUUUCUGUUUGUUCCUCCACCUUAUAUCCCAAAUGCCUUUGUGUUGCUGUAGUAUUAGUAAGCUGAGUGCCUUUUUUUAUCGCUCUUGCCCACCGAACAUCCCAUGAAGAGCACAUGAUUCUAGGUUCAAACAUAACUGCAACCCGUGAUUUAAGCAACCCAUUUUACAACUUAACAAAUCAUGGGUUCUCUUUCUGAAUUGUUCAUGGUUAACAAACUAUGGUUUGUUACCAUGGCUGGCUUCGCACCUCAUGGCCCUAAUCCAUGGGUUAUAUAUAAGCCCUGAGAUAGUUUCAUUUGUCAACUAGGCCAUUGUGUCUUUGAAUAUUGGUUGCUAGGAAGGAAAGCAAAUGGUAGGAAAAGACUGCUGCCUUCUACCCCACUUACUGGGGCUGGCUGCUCUUAGAAAUAGGAAAAUAGAUUAAGAUGUACUUUGGGGGGCUGAUCCAACUGGGUUCUUGUUAUCUGAUGUAUUUCUUUCCUCAUAUCCUCUUAUUUAGAGGAUAAGCCAAAUAAAAGAAGUGAGGAAGUAGCCUUCCAGGUGUUAUGGAUCACCCAUCAGCUACAGCCAGCAUGGUGAACACUCAGGGUGAUUGGAAUUGUAGUUGAAUAACAUCUGAAAGGUGACUGCUCCACCACUUUAGUACUAAGACAACAAUUAAAAAUAGCAUCAUAAUAAAUCUGAAAAUUGCAGGGGGAAUGUUAAUAAAUCUUGAUUGUGGUAUUAACACAGCAUGGAAACCAACAGCUAUAGCAGAAAAGUAGAAGCAGAAAUAAUGGCAUUUGUUCUGAGCUUCUUUAUAUCAUAAGGCAGAGGUGAGCAAUUUGUGACUUUCCAGAUAUUUUGACCCCUAACUCCCAUCUACCCUGGCCAGUGGGAAGGAAGUAUAGAAAUAUUUGGAGGGUCACAAGCUGUGCUUUCUUACUUAACGUUAUUCCUCCUCUCAACCACAUUGUUGUUUCUGUAUAUUUUUGCUGAAGCCUAAUUAAGGCUGUUGUAAAAAAAAGUUUCAUGAAAAGGUUUCAAUAAAACGUUUUUAAACCAAA